AUGUCUGCCUCAUCUAGAAUUCCUCCGAUCGCCCAGCCCUUCGUCGGCGAUCGAGCAAAAAUAGCCCUCGACUUGGUUGAGGAUUUUGUUGAGAGAGUGUGUAUUCCUGCCGAGCCAGUUUUCUCUGCCCAGCUUGGGCAUGGCAGGGAGAGAUGGAACGCCAACCCCGCCAUUUUAGAGGACCUUAAGUCCAAAGCCCGUCAGAUGGGCCUGUGGAACAUGUUCCUGCCUAAGAACCAUUUUUCCCAGGGUGCUGGAUUCAGUAAUCUUGAAUAUGGGCUGAUGGCCGAAUAUCUGGGUAGGAGUAGAUUGGCAUCUGAGGCCACGAAUAACUCAGCACCUGAUACGGGAAAUAUGGAGGUUCUGGCUACAUAUGGCAAUGAUUCUCAGAAGCAGCUGUGGCUGGCUCCUCUGCUGAAGGGGGAGAUCCGGUCCGCAUUUCUUAUGACUGAGCCCGAUGUAGCAUCAAGCGAUGCCACGAACAUACAACUGAGCAUGCGCCGUGAGGGUAACGAAUAUAUUUUAAAUGGAUCGAAAUGGUGGGCAUCUGGCGUCGGAGAUCCUCGUUGCAAGAUAUACAUUGUUAUGGGCAAAUCCAGCCCCGAUCAUAUCGACCCAUACCGCCAGCAAUCAAUCAUCUUGGUGCCAGUUGGGACCCCCGGAAUAAAGAUCCACCGCAUGUUGACCGUAUACGGGUAUGACGACUCCCCAGCCGGCCACGGGCAUGUCACUUUUGAGAAUGUGCGGGUGCCGGCUUCCAACCUCAUCCUGGGCGAGGGCCGUGGUUUUGAAAUUAUGCAGGGCCGCUUGGGUCCUGGCCGCAUUCACCACGCCAUGCGCACCAUUGGCGCGGCUGAGAAAGCCCUUGAGUGGCUGAUCGCUCGGGUCAAUGAUGACCGCAAAAAAACCUUUGGCAAGCCACUCUCAGCCCAUGCUGUUUUAUUAGAGUGGAUUGCCCGCUCCCGGAUCGAGAUUGACGCUGCUCGACUUAUUGUCAUUAACGCUGCUAUCAAGAUUGAUCAAGGUGAUGCUAAGUCUGCCCUUAAGGAGAUUGCUGAAGCCAAAAUCCUUGUGCCUCAGUCUGCAUUGACUGUCAUCGACCGUGCAGUUCAGGCCUUUGGUGCCGCUGGUGUCUCCCAAGAUACACCCCUCGCGUAUCUCUGGGCCCUUGUCCGUACACUUCGCAUUGCUGAUGGUCCUGAUGAGGUCCACUUGCAGCAACUUGGUAAGAGGGAGAACAGCACUCGCAAGCAUGAGAUCAUUCCCCGUCUUGACUGGCAAUAUAAGGAGAGCGAGCGUCUCCUUGCCGCUCGGGGACUCAAGAGCAAUCUCUAG